GACUGGCGUGAGCCUCGCGGUGGUAAACCUGGGCCCUUCUCGACGGGAUCUCGUAGAGGUCGUGGAAGAGGCCCGUCUGGAGGAUCACCGGUCCUCGUUAGGCAGCCUAGGCCUCAACAUGUGCAUAAGGUGGCUUCUAGGGUCCUCACAGCUCCAGCGGGCUUGGAGGGCUGCCUCCCUGAAGCACCUCCCAUAUGGGCACCAGGGAACCCGGCGAUGGAGACACUCUGGAGGCAGCACCUACAGAGCAGUGAUUUUUGACAUGGGUGGAGUUCUCAUUCCUUCUCCAGGGAAGAUGGCUGCAGGACCAUGUGAGUGACCUAAUAUAUCUGAACCAGCUAGUGAGAAGAAAGUUCAUCAUGCAGUGUCCAGAGUCAUCUCGAGCUGGUGGCAUGGACCUGAUGCUUGGCAGCAGUGUCCCCUCAGUCACACAAAUUAAUGUCACUGUUCUCUUGGAGGUCUAAGGCUGAGAUUUUGUAUUUCCUGAAUUUCUCUGAAUUUCAGAUAGAACCCACCUGGCAUCACGGUGAAACCACAGGAAUCUGCAUGAAUGGGAAGUACGGAACCAUAUCCCUUCUGGAACUGUAUUGAAGGCCUUGAGCUCAGGUGGUGAAAAUGGGCCGUGGAUGAAAUUUAUGAGAGCAGAGAUAACAAUAGAAGAUUUCUUACAAGAAUUUAGGAAACUUUGUUCUGAAAUUUCAAAGACCGACAUGUCUGUGGACUUCUUUUCCUUUCUGCUGACCAAUGAGCAAGUGGUAAAGCAGUUCCCAGUGAUGACUGAGGCCAUAACUCAGAUUCGGGCAAAAGGCCUUCAAACUGCACUCUUGAGCAAUAAUUUUUUUCUUCCCAAUGGGAAAAGCUUUUUGCCCUUGGACCGGAAACAGUUUGAUGUGGUCGUGGAGUCUUGCCUGGAAGGUAUCUGUAAGCCAGACCCCAGGAUCUACAAGCUGUGCUUAGAGCGGCUGGGCCGGAAGCCUUCUGAGUGCAUCUUGCUUGAAGACUUAGGGCCGAAUCUAAAAGCAGCUGCCAGUCUUGGUAUUCACACCAUUAAGGUUAAUGACCCAGAGACUGCGGUGAAGGAAUUGAAAACUCUUUUGGGUUUUACGUUGAGAACGGUUGUUCCAAACACCCGCCCUGUGAGAAAGACAAUGGAAAUUCCCAAAGAUUCCUUGGAGAAGUACCUCAGAGACUUACUGGGGAUCCAAACCACAGGCCCACUGGAGCUCCUUCAGUUUGACCAUGGGCAGUCAAAUCCCACCUACUACAUCAAGCUGGCUAACCAACAAAUGGUUUUGAGGAAGAAACCCCCGGGGACACUCCUUCCAUCUGCACAUGCAGUGGAGAGGGAGUUCAGGAUAAUGAAAGCUCUUAAGAAUGCUGGAGUCCCUGUCCCCAAAGUUCUUGACCUCUGUGAAGAUUCAAGGAUUGUUGGCACCCCCUUCUAUGUGAUGGAGUACUGCUCAGGCCUCACCUACAAAGACCCCUCUCUGCCAGGCCUGGAGCCCAGCCAGAGGCAGGCCAUCUACACUGCCAUGAACAGAGUCUUGUGUAAGAUUCACAGUGUGGACCUCAAGGCCACGGGCCUAGAAGACUAUGGGAAACAUGGGGACUAUAUUACCCGCCAGGUGCAAACAUGGAUCAAACAGUAUAGAGCCACGGAAACCAGCACCAUCCCGGCAAUGGAGAGGCUCAUCGAGUGGCUGCCACUCCACCUUCCCAGUCAGCAGAGGACCACUGUGGUGCAUGGGGACUUCAGGCUGGACAACCUGCUUUUCCACCCGGAAACGAAUGAGGUGCUUGCUGUCCUUGAUUGGGAACUUUCUACCUUAGGCGACCCCCUUGCUGAUGUGGCCUAUAGCUGCCUGGCUCACUACCUGCCAUCCAGUUUUCCCAUUCAGCCAGGUUUGGGGGACUGUGAUUUGACCAAGCUGGGAAUCCCUACAGCAGAGGAGUAUUUCAGGAUGUACUGUCUUCACAUGGGGAUACCGCCCACCGAGAACUGGAACUUCUACAUGGCUUUCUCCUUUUUCCGCAUAGCUGCUAUCCUACAGGGAGUCUACAAGCGCUCACUCACAGGGCAAGCAAGCUCAGCGACCGCGGAGCAAAGUGGAAAGCUGACUGAAUUUAUGUCUAACCUGGCAUGGGAUUUCGCAGUCAAAGAAGGAUUCCGGGUAUUCAAAGAGAUGCCACCCACCAAACCAUUAACAAGGUCCCACCACACGUGGGCCAGGCCACAGUUCCUGCCGAGGACCCUGGGCAGGAGGAGUUAUGUCACCUCGACAGACUCUUCCCCAGCUCAUGCCUCAAAGGGAGCUCUGGUCUUCUCUCCAGAAGGCCUUUCCCCACCAGUCCGGGAGGUGUAUCAGCGGCUGAAGCAGUUUAUAGAGCGACAUGUGUACCCUGCUGAGCCAGAGCUGCAGAGUCACCAGGCGUCAGCUGAGAGGUGGACCCCUUCCCCUCUGGUUGAAGAUCUCAAGGAGAAAGCCAAGGCCGAAGGACUCUGGAAUCUUUUUCUACCCAUAGAGACUGAUCCUGAGAGAAAAUACGGAGCAGGACUGACCAACGUGGAGUAUGCACACUUGUGUGAGCUCAUGGGCACGUCUCUGUAUGCCCCUGAGAUCUUCAACUGCUCUGCUCCAGACACAGGGAACAUGGAGGUUUUGGUGCGGUAUGGCACUGAGGAGCAGAAGGCCCGCUGGCUGACUCCCUUGCUGGAGGGAAAGGCCCGCUCCUGUUUUGCUAUGACUGAGCCCCAGGUUGCCUCCUCAGAUGCUACAAAUAUCGAGUCUUCCAUCCGAGAGGAGGAUGGCUUCUAUGUCAUCAAUGGUCACAAGUGGUGGAUCUCAGGCAUCCUGGAUCCGCGCUGCCAACUCUGCGUGUUUAUGGGGAAAACAGACCCACAUGCCCCACGCCAUCAACAGCAGUCUGUGCUCUUGGUUCCCAUGGAUACUCCAGGGAUAAAAAUCAUCCGGCCUCUGACAGUGUAUGGGCUGGAGGAUGCACCAGGUGGCCAUGGCGAAGUCCUGUUUGAGAAGGUGCGUGUGCCCAAGGAGAACAUGGUCCUGGGCCCCGGCCGGGGCUUUGAGAUCGCUCAGGGCCGACUGGGUCCUGGCAGGAUCCAUCACUGCAUGCGGCUGAUAGGGUGCUCGGAGAGGGCACUGGCGCUCAUGAAGGCACGAGCAAAGUCCCGUGUGGCCUUCGGGAAGCCCCUGGUAGAGCAGGGCACGAUUCUGGCAGACAUCGCCCAGUCCCGUGUGGAGAUUGAGCAGGCCCGGCUGCUGGUGCUGAAAGCUGCCCAUGUCAUGGAUGUGGCGGGAAAUAAGGCUGCAGCUUUGGAUAUUGCCAUGAUUAAAAUGGUAGCUCCAUCCAUGGCCUCCCGAGUGAUUGAUCGUGCCAUUCAGGCCUUUGGAGCAGCAGGGCUGAGCAACGACUUCCCACUGGCUCAGUUCUUUGCUGGGGCCCGAGCCCUGCGCUUUGCUGAUGGCCCUGAUGAGGUGCACCGGGCGGCAGUGGCCAAGAUGGAGCUGAAGCAUGGCCUAUAGAUGUGCAAGGACCUCAGGAGCCGGAAUGUCCCUGCUGGGCCAGGGUGCCUACAUUUUAAGUGGUGCAGUUUGAAAGGCCUGGUAUGUGUGACUCUUGCACCCUGCCCAGCAGUCUGUCCUGUGGCUAUCAUUGUGAACUUAGCCUUGUUGGGUCCCCACAGAAGAGACUUCUGUGAGAGGCCUGGCAUUCCCUGUUUCAGGCACGGAGGAAGAGGAUUAGCUGAGAGCUGAGUGGGUUUUGGUACAGAGCCUGGAAAGUUGGUCUUCAGUCCAGGACCCCGUCUCUCUGGCUGUGUUGCAUACAGGCUCUGAGAGUCUGGACAGAUAGCAGGGGUGCUGCUGGGGUGCUGUGUCCAUCCGUGCUUACUCCCAAUGUGGGGGCCUCCUCCUCCCUGCCUCCCCAUUUCCCACCCCAGCUGAUGGCAGCAGCCUACAGACCCAAGGCAGGAGCACUCUUGGGAAAAAGGAAUGAAACCAAAAUCAUGAAACUACUGCCAUCUGAUUUUCUUCUUCUGAGUGUCCAAAACACA